GAGUGAGUGUAGCGGUCGUCAGGCAGGCGGCGCUAGUAGUGUACUGGUGUGAGGAUUAAUACUCGUGUUGUCUUCCUCCAUAUGUUACUCAUUCAGUGAAAUUUCAUGCUGAAUAACAAAUCUUCAACAUGGGAAAGAAAAAGGGAAAUAAAGCUGAGACGAAUGGAGAAGUUGAGGAUAUAGCAGAUGAUAUUGAGAACUCUACACCAAAGGAAAUUUCCAAGAAAGGGAAGAAAGGAAAGAAGAAAAAUGACGAAUGGGAAGAUGGCAUUACCAAAGAAUUGGAUGAUAUGACCCUGGAGGAGUCAGGAGGGAAGAAAGAGGAAACUCCUGAGCCACAUGUUGAGGAGAAGAAGAAAAAAGAGAAGAAAUCUAAAAAACCUGUCAAAAGUGAGGAUGAUGAAGAUUCAGAAGAAAUCAUAGUUAAGCCCAAGAUGGGAGGAGGUUUUGCUGCUCUCAUGGAUGAUAAUGAUGACUUAAUGGAUGAUGAGGAUGAUGAUGAUGAACCUGUUGUUAAAGAAUCGUCAAAGAACGAAAAUAAAACAAAAAAGAAGAAAGAUGAAAAGAAAAAGAAAGGGAAAAAGAAAGGAGGUGAUGACGAUGAGGAUUUGGACAAGAUUUUAGCAGAACUUGAAUCUGAAUAUAGAGGUGAGAAGCCAAAAGAAGAACCAAACACAGAAGAAGUGAAGGUUGAAGAGACAAUAGUCCAAGAACCUGAAGAAGAAACUGGAAAGAAGAAGAAAAAGAAAAAGAAAGAUAAAAAUGAGGAGGCCCCAGUAGAAGUUGAGGUUGUUGAGGUUCAAGAUGAAGAUGCACAAGAGAAGGGGGAUGAAGAAAAGAAAGAUGAAGGAAAGUCUAAGAAGAAAAAGAAGAAAACUAAAGAUGCACCAGAGACAACAGCAAUGACCGAAUCAUCAGAAGCCAAAGUUGAUACAACAGCACCUGGAGAGGAGGGAGAAGCUGAUGCAGAGGGUGAGAAUACUAAGAAGAAAAAGAAGAAGAAGAAAGGAGAAAAGGAUGAGGAAGAUGAUCCAAAGGCUAAGAAGGGCAAACCAAAUAAAAAGAUGCUGGCAGCAAUGAAGGAAGUACUGGCCAAACAGAAAGAGCAGGAAGAAAAACUGAAGGCUGAGGAGGAAGAAAAAAUAAGACUGGAAGAAGAGAGGAUCCGUAAGAUAGAAGAGGAAAAGAGACUUGAGCAAGAGAGAAAAGAGAGAAAGAAGCAGAAGGAAAAGGAACGAAAAGAACGUCUCAAGGCUGAGGGGAAAUUGUUGACGGCAAAGCAAAAGCAGGAUUUACGCAGAGCACAGGAAAUGUUGGAGUAUUUAAAGGCCCAGGGAGCUAGCCUGCCGGAGGUUGGGGAAAAGAGACCACGCGCAGGUACCAGAGUACGACCCAAGAAAGCAAAGAAGGAUGAAAAACAAGAACAACAGGAGCCAGGAGAACAACAGCAACAACCAGAGCCUGAGAAAAUAGCUGUAGAAGAAGCCACAAAGGAAGGUGAUGUAGUGGACUCCUGGGAUAAGAUGGAGGAGGAAGAGGAUGUAAAGGAUGCCUGGGAUGAGAGCGAAGAAGAGGAAGAUGACGAAGAUACUUCAGAAGCCACUAAAGCUUCAGUAGACACAGAUACAAAGAAAAAUGUAAAAGAUGAUGAAGAGGAUGAUGACGAGGAUGAUGAUGAAAGUGAUGAGGAAUCUGAAAGUGAUGAUUCUGAAGAGGAACAUCAGACAGAAGCAGAGAAGAGAAAACAAAGAGCUUUGUUAAGGAUAGCCAAGAGGAAAGAGGCAAAUGAGAAGAAUUUACAAGAAGACAAUCUUAGAGCACCAGUGGUGUGUGUCCUUGGCCAUGUUGAUCAUGGGAAGACAAAGAUCCUGGAUAAGUUGCGUAGAACUAACGUUCAAGAAGGUGAGGUUGGCGGCAUCACCCAACAGAUUGGAGCAACGAAUGUCCCUGCACAUGGUGUUCAGAGACAGACACAUAUGGUUAAAGGUUUUGAUAUGAGUAAUUUAAAUUUUCCGGGAUUGCUCAUCAUCGACACUCCUGGUCACGAGUCGUUCAGCAACUUGCGUUCAAGAGGGUCAUCACUGUGUGAUAUUGCCAUUCUUGUUGUAGACAUCACCCAGGGUCUCGAGCCUCAAACUGUUGAAUCAAUCGACCUUUUGAAAAAGAGGAAAACUCCAUUUGUAGUUGCACUAAAUAAGGUUGACAGAGUGUUUGAAUGGGAAUCUAACCCAGCUAAGGACAUCCGUGAAGUCAUUAAGUUACAGAAGGAACCAGCCAAGAAUGACUUUGACCGUAGAACUAAGGAAAUUAUCCAAGCUUUGAAUGAGCAGGGCUUGAAUGCUGCCUUGUUUUGGGAGAACCCAAAUCCUCGCUCCUAUGUUUCUCUAGUGCCCACAAGUGCCAUCUCAGGUGAUGGUAUGGGUAACCUAAUAGCCAUGGUGUGUGAUUUGUGUCAGCAAAGACUUAACAAGAGAUUAAUGUUCUCUGAGGAACUACAGUGCACCGUCUUAGAAGUAAAGACGAUUCAGGGUCAUGGUACAACAAUAGAUGUGAUCCUGGUGAAUGGUAGACUUCGUGAAGGAGACACUAUAAUCCUGGCUGGCACAGAGGGUCCUAUAGUUACACAAAUCAGAUCUUUACUUUUGCCUAAACCAUUAAAAGAGAUACGAGUGAAAGGUCAGUAUGAUGAAUUCAAGGAAAUUCCAGCUGCCCAGGGUGUGAAAAUUGCUGCACGUGACCUUGAAAAGGCAAUUGCUGGACUUAACCUUCAAGUGGCAUACCAUGAUGAUGAGGUUGAUUUACUGAAAGACGACGUAGAUAGGGAGUUUAAGGCUGCCAUGAGGUCCAUUAAGGUGAAGGAGCGAGGUGUUUAUGUUCAAGCCUCAACAUUAGGUGCUUUGGAAGCCCUCCUUGAAUUUUUCAAGGCCAACAGUGUACCUUAUUCUGGUAUUCGUGUUGGACCUGUGGUAAAGAGAGACGUCAUGAAAGCAGCCGCUAUGCUAGAACAUGACCCUAUGUAUGCAGUCAUUCUUGCAUUUGAUGUUAAAGUAGAGAAAGAUGCUCAAGAAUUAGCUGACAAGGAGGGUGUGAAAAUUUUCUCAGAGGAAACUAUUUAUCAUCUGGGAGACUGUUAUGUAGAAUAUAUAAAGGACUUCAAGAAAAGGAGACAGGACGAAUUCAGAAGUGUUGCCGUGUUCCCAUCUCGACUAAAGAUAAUUCCAACGGCAAUUUUCAAUAAACGUGAUCCCAUUGUAUUGGGUGUGACUGUUGAAUCAGGAAUACUUAGAACUGGUACACCUCUCUGUGUCCCAUCAAAGGAGUUUGUUGAAAUAGGUAUCGUAACUUCGAUGGAGUUUGACCAUAAAAAUGUUGACCUUGCGAAGAAAGGUGUGGAUGUGUGCAUUAAAAUAGAGCCCGUCCCAGGGCACACACCCAAGCUCGUUGGUCGACACUUUGAAAUUGAAGAUAUAUUGGUUAGCAAGAUAUCCCGAGAGUCAAUCAAUGCAUGUAAAGACCAUUUUAGAGAUGAUCUCAGCAAGACUGAUUGGAAACUAAUGGCUGAGCUGAAAAAGGAAUUCCAGAUUCUUUAAGCUUAUCAUAAUAUAGUGGAAACUUUAGGUAUGGUUUAUUGAUAUAUUCAAAUAUUUAAAUUUUUAUAUGGAUUAUUAUUUGAAGUGAAAAUUUUAAAAUAAGUUAUAAUAUAUGAAUUUAAUGCCUCUGCCAAAUGUGAAAAAUAUUGACAACCUGUGUUAAAAUACACAUUGCCAUGUAUACAUGGUAAGCUGUAUGGUGAUUGUAAUAAGGUUUGUGGGCCCAAACUUAAGUGUCUUUGGUGAAAUAUAGUGACCAUAUAGAAUUCAGUGAGUAAUUUUCAUUUGCCAGUGAGAAACCUGACAGUGGACGAGCUUCCUGCCAAAGGUGUGGGGAAAUCCACUAGCUGCUGAAUGCUUCAUAACCAGGGAAUUACUCCUUGCUGUAUUGGGUUCAGGCUUGGAAAUGCAAAGCUUUAACCCUUAGACGGCUGCAAAACUAUAUAGUAUAGAUUGGCCUAAAAUGUGGCGAGCCUAUAUCUAGAUGCCUUUUCAAAAAUUGCUGCCUUUAUUUCUUUGUGAAGUCUAUAUAUAGUCACUCAUUUAUUUGUGCCCUAGAUACUCAGAAUUGUUAAGAGAUAUCACUAAUUGGCAACUGCAGGGUUGAGGGAAGGCUCCUCAAGGCGGUAUCAGUCAGUCUGGAUCCAGCUUUUUUGGAGGAAAAGAUCUCACACUAGAGUCUCGCUCCAUGCUCUAAUUAUUUCAUAGAAGUCUGCAUAUUUGCUUAGAUAUUUUUCAAGAAUUAUGCUUUUUAUUUUUAUUUUUCCCCAUAAAACUACUGUACGUGUACUUUAAUUUUUAUUCCGUGUAAAUAGAACUAACAGCCAAAGCCAUGUUUUGAAGGAGUAGGAACAUUUUUGAUAGUGAUAAACAGUUUAUUUUAGAGCAGGAUGUUGUUGAUGAAUUUAUGGAUGAUAUCAGAGGUGAUGCAGAUUCUGGAAAGGACAGUGAUGGCAGUUACAGCUUGAGAUUGCAGAGGAUCCUGAAGAUAUUCAAUCAAGUGAGGAAGCUGAUGAUGAUGACAGUAUUCAGGUCAGAUGGAUGAGCAAUUCUCUUGUUAGUAGAGACGCGUUUUGAUUUGCUGGAGACACUGAAGUUAAAUUAGUCCUUCAGGACCCUGGACACAGCUUUGGCUGUGUGUGUGAAUGGCUCCAGAUAUUGUACGUACCUUCCUUACUUAUGAAUAAUAACUAAAUACAAACUGCAUAUUUUACUGCAAAAAGUAUCCUUACUAUUUUGAUAAAAUAAUGCUAGAAGUAAAGGCUCAUACAGGUACAUGUAUAUACCGUAUAGUACAUAUAUACAGAGGCUUUAUAUUGCGGUAGAGUCUAUAUAUACCCCUGUAGAUGGUGUUGCGACAUCUCAUUAUGUGGUGGAUCUUUAUUUAUGUUGGAUUUGAUUGGUCAUCGGCAUCUAUCUGUAAAAUAUUUUUUACUGGGUGCUCUCUCAAUCAACCCUGCUGCCGUCUAAGGGUGAAUUUAAAGUUUGUGCAAAUUACUUAGCUAAUGUAUUCUAAUUUGUUUUUAUUAUAUAGACAAUAUAAUUUCAUGUACUGUAUAUUAUAUUAUUGGGGGAUUUUUUAAGGAAUGAAAGUAGUUUUAUUUGCAAAAAUUAGGUUAUUUAUUUAUUUAUAUUUUUUCUUGGUUUUGUAAAAUUUUAUGUGGUCAUAUGAUCGGGAGAAGUCGUGUAUUUUUGACAAUGUCAGACUGCUAAAUCUUGUAAACUUAGGUUAAGGUAAAUAAUGUUUGCUUCCAGUUCAUUGCAUCUUGAAAUUUUUGCCAUAAUUAUUUGCAAUUAAAAUUGAUAAAUUUUUAGUCAUUUGUAAUGAAGACUUGAGAAUGCUGAAGGUUAUGUCAACAGUACAGUAUACUUGGGGAUAUGCUCAAGACUUUCAAAAUUAUGCAAAGCAGUGCCCGAGGUCAUAGCAUUUACCGGGUCCUUUCUGUGCUGAAAAAAAACUCGCCUGGCGUUAACCAAAUAAUAUAAGUGGCGCCUCUGAACUGAAGGGGUUAAGCUGUUCAAGAAACAUCAACAAACCAAAUUAGACCACACAACUUGUUGCUGCACACUGUGGAUGUAUGGAGCAACUCAACUGAGUGUUUGGACAAGGACCAGUCAGGUCAAGAUACCAUGUUCAUCUACAAACCUUUGCCACACAUGUUGUAGAGCCAUUAACCUGCCUGCUAUAUUGUCAAGUGCAGGAAGUCCUCGCUUAACGUUGUGGUUACGUUCUUGUAAAACACAACGUUAACAGAAUAAAUUUUCCCCAUGAGAAAUAGAAAAAAUUUGCUAGUUCUGUUCCCCAGCCUCCCCCUUGCCCCAUAAAAUAUAUAACAUACAUAAAUUCAAUGGAAUUUUUAUCGAAAAUAAAUAUUAUACUUCCAAAACAAUAGGUAAACUAAAUUAAUGUUUAAUUAAUAAGAUAAUACAAUCCUUUUGUAUUGUAAUCACUGAUAGGACAGAGGUGGAGCGAGUGUGUGUUGGAUAGUGGAGAGGGGUAGGGUAGUAUGCACUGUUGUGGGAGUUAGGCCUUACGCUACACCAAUGUCCACAGCACGUUCACCUUUCUCAAAAUGGUUUAAAACCUCAAUUUUCGUAGCAAGGCUAAUGGUCUUGCAUUGCUUCUUCACAACACUAGCAUCACUAACACUUGAUGAGUGCUUGGGAGC